AUGGCGGCUCCAUUGACCACCCUGUCAAAUGUUGGUUCGCUUCCGGGUUCUCGCAGCGUAUCUCAGAUCAGAGCUUUGACCCCUACCUGUACUUCAGUCACGCUUCGAACAAUUCCAUUGUCUUCUAACAAAAAGGCAACGUUAUCCUCCAGCUUCCUCUUCAGGUCGUCGCGUUUGUCCCCUCUGACAUUCUCUUCGAACCCUAAUUCUCAGAAAAGGGCCAGUCUUGUUAGCUCAGUCCGAGCCAGUGCUGAGGAAGCAACUUUGCAAUCAAAAGUGACCCAUAAGGUGUAUUUUGACAUUAGCAUUGGGAAUCCAGUUGGGAAGCUUGCUGGAAGGAUUGUGAUUGGAUUGUUUGGUGAUGAUGUGCCCCAAACCGCAGAGAAUUUCCGUGCCCUGUGCACAGGUGAUAAAGGCUUUGGGUUCAAGGGUUCAGCAUUCCAUCGUGUAAUCAAGGAUUUCAUGAUUCAAGGAGGGGAUUUUGACAAAGGCAAUGGAACUGGCGGUAAAAGCAUUUAUGGUCGUACUUUUAAGGAUGAGAACUUUAAGUUGUCUCAUACUGGACCAGGAGUUGUUAGCAUGGCCAAUGCAGGCCCCAAUACCAAUGGGAGCCAGUUCUUCAUAUGCACUGUCAAGACCCCAUGGCUCGACAACAGGCAUGUUGUGUUUGGGCAAGUUCUGGAAGGCCUGGACGUGGUUAGGCUGAUUGAGUCUCAAGAGACAGACAGAGGCGACCGUCCUACAAAGAAGGUGGUCAUUGCCGACUGCGGAGAGCUGCCGGUGGCCUGA